CUUAGUAAGUUGGCUAAUCUCAAUGUCUGUAGAUCUCGAGCCUCGAACGGCUCCGCCGUAUAAUCACUUCACGCAAAUUGGUGACCCUGUUCUACGGAUUCGUUCGGAUGAAGUUUCACCUGAACGGCUAGACAGCAAGGAAAUCCAUGGCAUUGUGGAUCAGAUGGUAAAAGUGCUCCGGCACUAUGACUGCGUGGGCGUUGCAGCACCCCAAUUGGGUGUUCCACUGCGAAUUAUUGCAAUGGAGUUCCGUGAGGAAAAGCGUGAACAGUUUACGCCCGAAGUGUACCUGCAACGAAAGAUGUCUACUUUACCACUCAGCGUUUUUAUCAAUCCAAAAAUAGAGAUAAUUGGCGAUAUGCAGCACACUCAGCCCGAAGGCUGUAUGAGCGUUCGCGGCUUCUCCGCCCGAGUGGCUCGAUACGAUCGCGUACGAGUCACCGGCAUUGGAAUGCUUGGAACACCUGACGAACUGGAACUUGUUGGAUGGAGCGCGCGCAUAGCGCAACAUGAAAUGGAUCAUUUAAAUGGCAUAAUUUACAUUGACCGAAUGGACGUUUCGAGCUUUACAUGCAACACAUGGGCACGGAUUAAUUCAAAUGGUGGACGUGACGUCAUAACGUUUGAUAAGUAAUUACUUUGAACCAAUUUCUGCAUUUGAAUUCAACUGUUGCUUCGCGCCUAAAUUCCGAGCAGAUGCUGAUUACAAACUAUCGCAAGAAUGGCACUGUUAACUAUCGAUUAAUGUAUGGCAGCCCUGUCUGAAAUG